AUCCUUUAAAAGCAUUUUCUCUACAGUCUCAAUCUUCCACUGAUACAGAGAGAUGCAGACCUGACCUAGGGUUUUUUUAUCAUUCCUCUUCCCAAUUCCAGGGUAAGCUUUGGAUCUCCGAUCGGAGCCUUACCCAUCUUUUCUUAAUCUUCAAGGAACCCUUUGGGACACUAAAGUUUCCAAAUUGAAGAGGAAAAAAAAAAAGAGCUUGCUCGGAGAGAGUGAGACUGAGAGGGAAGAUUUGGAUCAGGAUUCGGGGGUGAGAUAUCUGAGGAUGGUUACUUAUGGUGAAAAGGUGGGCUAAUGAGUAGGGAGUAGCAUGGAAGAUAAGGCAAGCAAGUAGUUUGAUCAGUUUUGAAUUUUGAUAGGCUCAGAUUACAAUAUGGAGGAUGAGAGUGGGCUUGAGCUCAGCUUGGGUUUAUCUUUUGGAGGCUCAUCAGCCAAACCCAAGGGUAAGAAUGGUAGCUCCUCAGAUACUAGGGCUGAAGAAGUUGGUAGGGGUGGCAAAAUGGUGGAUGACUUUAAGAGCAUGUUUGAUAACGUUCCUCAGAAGCCUGAAUCUAUUACUGGGACUCGAAGAACUGAUUCCCCAAAGCCUGAGGAGAACUUCUUUAGUGACCUUUCAAAGGCCAAAGAAGACAACGCUUCUUUGAAUUUAAACGGGAGAGGGUUUCUGGUUGCAAACAGUAAUAAACCUGUUGAAAUUGAGGAAGAUAAAAGGUCAGAGGCAGCAAAUAAGCGAAAAAUGCCUUUUGAUGAGAUACGUGAUCAAAAGAAGCAUGACAGUGAUGUUCAUGCCGAUUUACAUGACAGGGCUAGAGCCUCUCAUAUAUCUAUAACAGAGGAGGGUUCGACUGCAGAAAAUGAAGAUGUGGCUGACUCUGAGACUGAGAACUCCACCUCCAGGCCCAUCUCACACCACAGUGAUGGUUCCAAAGGAUUUAUUAGAGUUAGUGCUUCUUCCGAUGCAGCAAAAGAGAUUCGUGGAAGUGCUGACUCAAAUGCUACUGACUUUAGUGGGCAGAAGAGGUUUACUGGGUCAUCAGAAAAAGAUUUUAAGCAUGCUAACAUGACCUAUGGUGCUUCCUUUUCUGUUCAACCUGUAAAUACAAUGAAUGUACCUUACCCUUCAGUAAAAGAGUCCAGCUCUGUUGGGGCACCAAGCCCUCAGAUACCUGGAGUGAUGCAUGUGAUGCCUACUGCAACUGGUGAACACUUAGGAGCCCAAUCUGUGAGUAAUGGGAAUUUGCCUGUGAUGUUUGGAUAUUCACCUGUUCAGCUUCCCAUGUUGGAGAAGGACAACUCAUGGGGUUUGGUUUCUCGUCCUCAACAGUUACACCCUUCCUUUGUUGGCAGAGGUCCAAUUAACUCAGCUGCACUACAAGUAAUCUCAAACAAUAUAUCCGAGGCCAUGCCUUAUGAAGGAAGGCCGUUAGAACGAACCAAAGGAGAUGGUAAACAGCGUGUCAAUGAAGAAGGCUCCUCCUCACAACCUGAAGAUGUGAAAGCAAGAAGCACAAACCUUAGGGCCAAAGAUGUAUCAGGCCAAUCAACAGGAGAAGGUGCCAUCAUUGAUUUUUCAAAUAUUAAGCCAGGUCUUGCUGCAGAUGUGAAAUUUGGUGGAUGUGGUUCUUACCCAAAUCUGCCUUGGGUAUCCACCUCAGGUUCAGGUCCAAAUGGAAGGACAAUUUCUGGUGUUACUUAUAAAUACAGCACUAACCAAGUCAGAAUUGUCUGUGCAUGCCAUGGUUCUCACAUGACCCCUGAGGAGUUUGUUCGCCAUGCAAACGAAGACCAGGCCGCUGCAGAGGGCAAUGCAGUUUUGGGGACAGUAGCAAACGGCAAUCCUGCUGCCUCUUCCCACAGCUAAUCUUGUACCGUUGUACCUUAAUAUUAAAGUUCUCAACAGGAGAAUCAGGGAAAUCGAGCUUUAAUUUUUGUAUAGAUGAAUGAGAUUCCUACCAUUUUUCUGUAUACACUUUAAUAACUUAUUUGGCUAUCCCGCUUUAUUUACUUGCAGCCAAUGCAAUCAAGUUUGCAGUUGUAUUUAAUAGUGGCCCAGCUAGCAUUAUCUGUCUAAGGAUCAAUAGUAUAGUAAUGUUUCCAGAUUGCUAAGAAGUGUUGUGCACCAAACAGGAUUUCAAAAGGUGAGGAUGACCAAUCCCUUGUAGCAAUUCUUUUUUAGCUUUUCUUAGAGCAUUUCCAAGGGAGUUGUUUAUGGAGUUCUUAAACUUAAGAACUAGUUCUUGUACAA